UCCCACUCGUGGGCAAUGAUUGCAAAUCGUGGUUGAUGUGUUGAUCCUAUGAUGGCUUGCUGGUUAUUGUAACGAUUGAUUUUCCACAUCGAUUUUUCGCCUAGCUUGUGUAUUAUGUACACAAGUUUUUCAUAUUAGUUCGUUCAAUUGGAUCGUCCUGUCAAUUUUUCAAGUGUAUACAACGCUUCGCUUCUACGCGAGGUCGUCCUCUUUACAGUUUACUACUUCAAAGAGUGUGUGAGGCUUAAAGCCAACCCCGUUAGCCAACUAUGAUUCUGCUCGAGAUUAAUAACAGGAUAAUCGAGGAGACUCUGACAAACAAAAUAAAAAAUGCACUAGCCGGAGGGAAACUCGAAUCAACAGACAUGAAGGUAGCAGACUUUGAUGGCGUUUUGUUUCACAUUUCUAAUCUAAGCAAGGACAAAUCAAAAAUCAGAGUAAGUGCGAUGCUUAAGUUUUAUAAGCAACUACAAGAACAUGGAGCUGAUGAAUUACUGAAAAGAGAAUAUGGAUCUUAUCUUGUGGAACCGGAAACAGGUUACAGUGUUACUGUUAUGAUUGACCUCGAAAAUUUACCUCAAGAUUGGGAAGGCUUAGUGAAAAAAAUUGGACUACUAAAAAGGCAUUGUUUUGCUAGUAUAUUUGAAAAAUACUUUGAUCACCAAGAAAAAAUAAGUGAAUCACAAGAAGAUACUAGUAAAAAUCCACAAAAAGCCAUAAUUGAAUACAGAGAUCAAGAAAUUAUAUAUGUUGAAGCAAAAAGUGACCGAGUCACUGUAAUAUUUAGUACAAUAUUUAAAGAUGUUGAUGAUAUGGUGAUUGGUAAAAUGUUCUUGCAAGAACUGAAAGAAGGAAGGAAAGCAAGUCACACAGCACCUCAAGUAUUAUUUAGUCACCGUGAACCACCUCUAGAAUUGCAAGAUGCUGCCAUAACUGUGAGCGACUGUGUUGGUUUUAUAACGUUUGUUUUGUUUCCAAGACAUACAAACAAAAAUGCGCGUAGCAAUACAAUCGACCUUAUCCACAUGUUUAGACAUUAUCUACACUACCACAUAAAGUGUAGUAAAGUCUACAUCCACUCACGGAUGCGCACCAAAACUUCUGAUUUUCUCAAAGUAUUAAACAGAGCUCGCUCUCAACCGAAAAAUCAGGAGAAAAAGACAAUUACGGGUCGAACGUUCAUUCGAAAAGAAUGAGCGUCUUUCGUUAGACAUGGAAAACGCUAACAUCAUCAAAAACGAAAGAACAUAACGACGAUCAAAGUAUUGCCUCGGGUGACAUUUGCUAGAAAAAUUUGUGGUUUAAAGCCAUGCUUUAAGAGGAGAGCUGGUCUUGAUCCCGUAGGUUUUUUAAGCAUGUGAAGAGCUGGUUGCCUUCUGACGGACAGGCGUUAAAUCCACAUGAAUUUUUAGAGCGAUACAGGUUAUAUUAAAUAAUUUAAAAAAGUAAUAAAGAUUUAAAGUCACACAGUGUGUGCUGAUCCUCUCGUAAAUCAACUAACCGUGGUUCAUUGCAAUACUUAUCUAACAAAUUAAAUGAAAAUCGAUGUAUAACUCGCAUAAACUACGUUAAAAUAGACUGUUAAGUAGGAUCUCUUAAAUAAUGAUACGACGUACAAUCACAAGAUUUGCAGAUUUUCGUGAGUCUUAGAUUGCUGUUGCGAGUGAGUGAAGGAAAUCCUUAUAAACCCGUUACAUCGUGUUGUUCCAUUUUCAUUAACUUUAUCAGCUUAGUUUUACACCCAGCCAUGCAUUUAUUGUUUGAUAAAAUUAUUUUUCGACAUAUGUUGCAAUUGUAAACUUGUUACUAUGACUUUUUUUUUUUUUUUUUUUUUUCAUCACAAAGUUUUGCAUUUUACGACCAUAGCCGAGGCUCUUCGCCUUGAGGACGCUUGUGCAGCGUAUCAUUGUUUACCUGACUCCCUGCUCCAAAGAGUGAAAAAGUGCACAAAGCGAGUCAUUUUAUAGGUCGGGGUGUAAUUUUUCCAUUGUUUAAUUAGAUGAACUAGAUAGGACAUAUAAUUUUUUUCUUAACUUUUCGAUUGCGUCGUGCUGUCGAUUUAGCCUGUAUCGAUUGUUAAAUAACAAAAAGUCACAUGAAUAAUUGAUUUUUAAUUACUAAAAUCAAAGGCCCACAUUUUAACAGACUAAUUAAAGACCGAGAAGAUGCAAGUGAAAAAAAAAGAGGAGAAUUUAACGAUGUGUUAAUAAAUAAAAAUACGAGUUAGUGUCGCAAGCACGUAACA